AUAUUCGUCAUUUUAGUGCAAUUAUUGAAUUGCAAAAUCCAAGUAAUGAAUUAAUUAUUGAAUGGGCAAGUAUGAUCGGCCUUAAAGUUUUAUAUGAUUUGAUAUUAUUCACCGUGAUUAUCACAAUGGAAUUUUUCCUAUUACUUAAUAUGUAUAAAACAUCAACCGCAAUAUCAGAUGCAGAUGAUAAUGAUAUUUAUAGGAUAAUUCCUUAUGUUGCACCGGAGAUUUUUCAAGGGAAAGAAUAA